ACGCUAUGCAGCUCUUGCAAACCUCAAAACAGGAGUUGAUAACUACAAGAUAAAAGUUCGAGUCAUACGCAAAUGGAGAGGAGCGACGAAAACUGGAGAAGAAUUCAAAAACUUCAACAUCCUGCUGCUAGACAACAAGGUUAGUACAAUCAAACUGCAAUUAAAAUUGUAUGAUUUAACAAAUGAAGUUGUGCUCUAAGUACCACAACAGAUUACUACUAAAUUGCAUAUUUUGCAGAACAAUACAAUACAUGCUUUCGUACCAACAACCUGUGCCUAUGACUUGGAAAGGCAGAUCAUAGUUGGAAGCAUCAAUAUUAUUACAGGUUUUAUUGUACAGGACUACAAAAAAACAGACAAGUUUAGGGUUGUGCGGAGGGAUAAUCAGCUUAUUUUCACAACAGACACAAAGAUCCAGCAAAUCGAAGAAACUGCAGCACAAAUUGCAACUGAGAUCUUUGACUUUUAUGAUCUCAGUGAACUUAAGAACUACAUGACUGAAACAACUUAUGUCAUUGAUGUUGUCGGUGUUAUUAAGGAUCAUAAGAUUCUUCUUGAACAAAUUACAAAUAGGCAUGGAAUUCAACAGGAACAAGCUAAGUUUGUUAUAUCUGAUGGAAGAACAAAUGUGAAUGUAACUUUUUGGGAUAAAUAUGCACAAGUUUUUGUGGAAGCUAUUUGGAAAAAAAUGGAGACUCCAGUCAUUAUUAUUCUUGCAGGAUGCAGAGUGCAAAUGUGGAGCAAUGCUCCAAAUGUCACACAUGUUGCACCAACAACAUUCUACUUAAAUCUUAACCAUCACAGUGUCAACCAGCUGAGGAGGAUGUUAGCUAUACCUGAUUUCUCAAAGAAAGUAAUGGCAAUGGAGAAGAAGAAGAAAGCUGAGCUGCUUACUGUUGAAGCCAUAAAAUCAUUGGACAAAGAUUCUGUUGAGGCAGAAGUUCUGGCACAUGUAACCAUCAUGCACGUCGACGACCAACAGAAAUGGUUUUUCAAAAUUUGCACAUCAUGCGAUUUUGAAGUCGAUUUUGUCAAUGAAUUCUACAGUUGCGCAAGAUGCCAAAGAAUUGUACCAUAUCCAGAAAUAAGAUUUAGAUUGGUUGUCAUUGCUUUGGAUGCUACCGGUUCACUUCAAAUCUUAUUGGAAGACAGAGAGGUUAGAAGUUUGCUUGGGAAAAGAGCAAGGCAGUUAAUUCCACAGGUAAAAAUUUAAUUGGUUGUGACGAAAAUAAUUAAAAUCAGAAUUUGUUUCAAUUCUAAUAUUACCACAGGAAGCAACUGAAGAGUACUUCCCAGAAAGUUUCAAAAUGCUUGCAACACAAACAUUUACAAUCAAAAUGGAGAUCCAUGCAGCAAAUGUUUUGAAACAAUCAAAUCUCUACUGGGCUACAAAUAUAUGCCAUGGAUUCAAGUUGGAGGAGAUGGACACAGAAAUGGAACAACAACCACAAAGCCAAAGCAUCAACACACAAGCCACUACAUCAACAGCACAUCUACCAGGAAUGUCUGACCUGAACUGCAAUUCAUCAGCAGUAACCAAUUAGGCUUCAAGCUUAAAAAAUUUUCAUUCUCGGAAUAUGUAAUGCAUAAACUAUGACAAUAUUCGAACUUUUUCUCUGUAACUCAUGUAGUCGACUAAGUAUGCAUCACAAUAUCUAAUCGUCUUAAAUUCAUUUUGUCUAUGGCAAAUCUUAUUAACUCCAAAACCCAAGCAACGCGGGCACAAAUACUAGUUAUG